CAAAUCGCUCAUUGUCAGAUCUGUCCAACUAGCCACCUCUCUGCCAUGCAGAAUAUCCAACUUCUGGGAACUCUCCUCAUGUCAGUGGGCCAGCAGUACGGCGUCAUUCUGGAGUCCAUAGACAAAGAGGCCAAGGUAUCCAUGGAGAAAAAUGAAAUGAAACGUCUGCAGUUCAGCGAAGUCGGUGUUGAGUAUUCUGCAGAGGCUCCAAGUUAUAACCUGGAAUUAGACCCUGCAGCAUGGGCGGAUUUGGCUAAAAAGGCUGUUAAGGCUGAGGUUUACGGGAACGGGAGAGAAGAAGAGUGUUUGUGGAGUGUUUUGAACUAUCUCGAAAAACGGCAGUCCCAGUGGCAUGCCGUGCCGCCCCAUCGAGAUUGUCCUCAUCAGUACCAACAGUCUGAUGAGGAGCCAUUUUGCAUAAAGAUACUUCACAAGGCUAAAGAGUCAAUAGAGGCUCUUAAGUGGAAGUGUCGUGAGAUCUAUGGUCCGGGAAGACAUGAUGUUGGUACGAUUUCCCUUCUGUGAAGCGAAUCGCCUACCUAGAUGCAUUGGUCUUACUACGGCCAUUUCACCUUAGUUAAUAAAAGGUCCCUG